AAACCCGAGCUGAAGCGUAGAAACGGCGGUUCCAGUUUAACCUCUUUUCCUCGCUUCCUUCUUUUCUCUCCCAUGGCGACUGCAGUGCUACCAGUAUCCGAGAGAAAGCAACCUCGGCCGGGUCGGGGCGGAUUCGAAGCGCAUGGACUAUCCGAAGAAGAGGCCCGGGUCCGAGCCAUAGCCGAAAUCGUCAGCUCCAUGGUCGACCUCUCCCGGAAAGGCCAAAACGUCGACCUAAACGCCCUCAAGACCACCGCGUGCCGCAAGUACGGCCUCGCACGUGCGCCGAAGCUGGUCGAAAUGAUCGCGGCUCUGCCCGAGUCCGACCGCGAGGCUCUUCUCCCCAAGCUCCGGGCCAAGCCGGUCCGAACGGCCUCGGGCAUCGCCGUCGUGGCCGUGAUGUCGAAGCCUCAUCGGUGCCCCCACAUCGCCACCACCGGGAAUAUUUGCGUGUACUGCCCCGGUGGUCCCGAUUCGGACUUCGAGUAUAGCACUCAGUCUUACACUGGAUACGAGCCUACCAGCAUGCGCGCAAUUCGGGCCAGAUACAACCCAUAUGUCCAGGCCAGAAGCAGGAUAGAUCAGCUGAAGAGAUUGGGUCACAGUGUAGACAAGGUUGAGUUCAUCCUAAUGGGUGGUACGUUCAUGUCUUUGCCAGCGGAUUACCGUGAUUACUUUAUUAGGAAUCUGCACGACGCGUUAUCAGGACACACUUCCGCCAAUGUUGAAGAGGCGGUUGCCUACUCUGAGCAUGGUGCUACUAAAUGUAUUGGAAUGACCAUUGAAACGAGGCCAGACUAUUGCCUUGGACCUCACUUGAGACAAAUGCUUUCUUAUGGUUGUACAAGACUAGAGAUUGGCGUCCAAAGUACGUAUGAGGAUGUGGCUCGUGACACCAAUAGAGGUCAUACAGUGGCAGCAGUGGCUGAUUGUUUUUCCUUGGCAAAGGAUGCUGGUUUCAAGGUGGUUGCACACAUGAUGCCUGAUCUUCCAAAUGUAGGAGUAGAGAGAGACAUGGAGAGUUUUCGGGAGUUUUUCGAGAGCCCCUCGUUCCGAGCAGAUGGGCUUAAAAUUUAUCCAACACUUGUAAUCCGUGGAACUGGACUUUAUGAGCUUUGGAAAACUGGCAGGUAUAGAAAUUACCCACCUGAGCAACUUGUGGACAUUGUGGCAAGGAUCCUAGCUAUGGUGCCCCCUUGGACACGUGUUUAUAGAGUUCAGCGAGACAUUCCAAUGCCUCUAGUUACUUCUGGGGUUGAGAAAGGAAAUCUGCGGGAGUUAGCUUUGGCUCGGAUGGAAGACUUGGGCUUGAAGUGCCGUGAUGUUCGAACACGAGAGGCUGGAAUUCAGGACAUACAUCACAAAAUAAGGCCGGACCAAGUGGAGCUUGUUCGUCGUGAUUAUACGGCAAAUGAAGGAUGGGAAACAUUUCUUUCAUAUGAAGAUACUCGCCAGGAUAUUCUUGUUGGGUUACUGCGUUUAAGAAAGUGUGGCCGCAAUACUACUUGUCCCGAACUCAUGGGGAAGUGCUCUAUAGUUCGUGAACUCCAUGUUUAUGGGACUGCUGUUCCAGUUCACGGGCGGGAUUCUGACAAGCUGCAACACCAGGGUUAUGGUACCCUUUUGAUGGAGGAGGGCGAGCGGAUUGCUAGCAGGGAGCAUAAGUCGAAAAAGAUUGCUGUCAUCUCUGGAGUAGGAACUCGUCAUUACUAUAGGAAAUUAGGCUACGAACUCGAAGGACCUUACAUGGUAAAACAUCUUGUGUGACGAGAUAAAAAAACUAGUUUUGUACGGUUUUGUAACUUGAUCCUAAACGAGUUGCAACUUCCAUUGCAUAACCAGUUUGUGUGUUUUGAACUUCCAAUACAUAAUUUGUUUGCUAUUUA